UGAUGAUGGAAUUGCCUCUGGAAAAAGACUUAUCCAGUUCUUUUCCUCGAUUUUUAAAUACAGUUUACAUUUUAUUUGUAUGCGUUCUUCCACCAACACCUACUCCGACUCAAUGACCCCUUCUGAUCGAAGAGCUCGUCCGACAUUAAAUCAUGGGUGAACACCAUAAUUUUGCGGAACUUGAUUUCAGAUUAGAAGCCUGUUUUAAACGACAAGGUAUAUAUCAAGAAAACAAAGUUCUUGUAAAAGAAAAAAAUGAAGACCCUACAUUUGAUUUUACUGUCACUAUUCAGCAUUUGCACUGAGAUGUCUUUGCAGGGCAAAGUGUUGCAUGCAAAUAACAAACGUACUUCUAGCAGAAUAGACACAUGCAGAAGAGGUGACAUCUGGUUGCGAAUUCACAGAAACAAUAUACAGGAAUGUAAUUGCAAAAGGAAAGCAAUUUGUUAUGAUGUGCGCACAAAAGAAUGCACCACAAACAAGUGUCUAAAUGGAGGAAGCUGUGCACAACAUCUUUAUUCAAAAGAUUAUAUCUGUCGUUGCCCUGAGGGUUAUCUGGGUAAACACUGCGAAAUAGAUAAUAAAUCCCAUUGCAUUAAUGACAAGGGAAAAGAUUACAGGGGAACAAGGGAUUAUACAGUAUCUGGCAAAGAAUGCUUGCACUGGGACUCAUUUGCUGUUCUUAGAAGAAAAUACAAUGCACUGAGAUACAAUGCAUUAAAGUUGGGUCUUGGAAGUCACAACUACUGCAGAAAUCCAGGUCAUGAUAAAAAGCCUUGGUGUUAUGUUCAGGGUUCAAUGUACAGAGAAAACUGUGAUAUCCCCAAAUGUGAAAAAGUUGAGUCAAAGUGUGGCCAGAGGGAGUAUAAAAUGAACAAGAUUGUUGGAGGAAAUAAAGCUGCCAUUGAAUCUCACCCGUGGCAAGCAGCACUCUACGUAAUUGAAAGACGAUCCAAAAGUCUGCAUUUUCAUUGUGGAGGAAGUCUGAUCCAAUCUUGCUGGGUUCUGACAGCUGCACACUGUAUUGACCCAAGAAUUUCUCAGUCACUGUACUUCGUAACACUUGGAAAAUCUUCAAUAAAUGAAACUAGUAAGAAUGAUCAAACAUUUGCAGUGGAAAAAAUAAUAAGCCAUGAAAGUUUCAAUGGUGAUACCUUUGACAAUGACAUAGCUCUGCUGAAGUUAAAAUCUCAAAAUGGGAUGUGUGCAAUAGAGUCUAAGUUUGUCCACCCCAUUUGUUUGCCAUCUAAACUCCCUACAUUUCCUGAAAACACACAGUGUGAAACUUCUGGAUAUGGAAAGGAAAUUGAAUUUUCUCCCUUCUACUCUAAAAUCCUGAAGGAGGCAAGAGUGAAUUUGAUUUCACAGCAAAAAUGUAGGUCUCCUGAAUAUUACGGAAAUAAAAUAACAGAAAACAUGUUGUGUGCUGCACAUCGUAACUGGAAGGAAGAUGCUUGUAAAGGAGAUUCAGGGGGACCUUUGGUAUGUGAAAACAAUGGACGAAUGCAUCUUUACGGAAUAACUAGCUGGGGAGAUGGGUGUGCCCGAAAAAAUAAACCAGGCGUUUAUACAAGAGUUUCAAACUACAUCCAAUGGAUUGAAAAAAACAUGAUUUAGGAGCUUUCAAAUCAUUGGUCUCAAUUUCAGCUGAUCAGUUACUGUAAUUAUUUGCAGUGAAGUUUGUGUAUCUGAUACGAUUAUCCAAGCUACCUCUUAUUCCUGUAAUCUAUAGUUUUGGUGAAGUUUUGAAAAAAAUGUCAUCUAAAGCACAUUUUACAACUGCAGCAUUUUAAGUCUUGUCUGCAUCAGACAACAAAUCCCUUUUAAACUUUGCAUUUAAUGUAGCUAACCUUAAUAAUAUUUUACCAAUAAAAUGAAAAAAAAUCAGCAUAAUAUGUCCAAAACAAAACAGGUGUAGAGCAAAGAGCCAGUUUGUAAGUUUUGCUAUGAACUGUGUUUGGCUUCACAGUUUGCAAAAUGUGCAUUAUAACUUUGAAUUAGUCUCAAUUUAUAUUUUGUGAUUGGAGGGGAAUCAGGCAUAACUGAAUUAUUCCCAAAUGCAAACUUUUUUAAUUUAAACAAAUUCGAAUGCUGGCUAAUGUGCUGUUAAUUAUUUUACUGCUUAUUUCCUGACACAAAAAUGCCAAUCUUUGAGAUGCAAUUUAGGAGAUUACUUGCACGUGUUCUGUGCAUUUGCACUGCGAAAAGGUAGAUACCGAAUCAGACCUCAGCCUACAUCAUAGUGGCAACAAACAACAAACACAGGCUGUUUUCAAACCAAAUGUCAUCAUUUGAUAUAUUUGGUUGAUAUAGCAGAUUGUAUGAAGUACAUUACGAGUCAUUAUUUGGAACAUAAUUCAGCAGGUUAACUGGACCUUCAUUUUAUUGUGGGUCGUAAGACUUGACGUUAGGAGCAGAAGUAGGGCCUUGAACUUUUAGAACCUGCCCCACAAUUUAAUAUUCUCAUGGUUAAGUUGGCCUUUUCUGUCCAUUCAGUGUAAUUUGUUAAGAAUGCUGAUCAUUUUAGUUAGCACUGAUGAACAAUUUUUAAAAGUUAGAUGAGAUCUCAGAUAUCUUGUGCAAAUUCUUUUCCACUUUUAUUUGAGUCAAUUGAUAUAUACGUUAUCUAUUACUACAGAAUGUUUGAAAAGUUUAUUUAAUUUGAACACUUGAAUUAUACUUAAUUUGAUCCAGAAAGCCAUACAAAAUCCUGUUACACAUAUUUAGGUGAGACCACUAAUUUUUUUUGAUGUUACUGAUGAAGAAUUUUAUGCGUGACCAAACCCAUGUUUAAAUUUUGAUCUUUUUCAGAGCUAUGAUAUUGAUCUAGAUUUUAAAUUUUGUUUGGGAUUUAAGAUCAUAUAAUUUUACUUUGUAAAAUUGUGACUAUAUUCUUCUGAUAACUUCAGUUAUGCUUGCCAGUUGUUUCAACAACCAGUGAUUGUGCUUAACCUAUCAAUUGUUAUUUUUUAUUUAAUCACUAAACACUGUAUUUGGCCACUAACUAAAAUUUUAUUUACAGGGACAGUAUCAGUAUUUUAAGGAUAAAUUCACGUGUUCUAAGUUAAUGUAUAGUAUUAAAUAAGGUAUUGUUUAUACAACUUUUAUCAUAAAAAGUACUAAAUAAGUACAUGCAUAAUCCUGUAAAAUUCCAAAUAAAUUACACAGGCGUUUCCAAAAAAAUAGCAAUUGAAGAGAAUGCCAGGGGUUUGGUGUAUGUUUUAAAAGAAAGUGUUGAUUUGUUGCCCCCGAGAUAGUUCCCUUUUGUGCCAAAUGAAGCUGUGAAAAAUCGCCAAGAAAAUUUAUGCCUUUAUUUAUCGUGUUCACUUAAGUAAUGAAAGGAAAUGUCUAAUGCUAUACUAGUGAUAAUACUUGAUAUUGUAUUAUAUGGUAUUUUAAUAGUCCAAUGAUGUUUUGUAUAAGUU